GGGGGGAGGUACCGGGCUGAGAGACACGGCCCAGCCAGGGGGGAACGGGGGGGACCCGGCCGGGCCCCGACAGCAGGAAUAACAACCGACCCCCCCGGGGAAAGAGAAAGGGGGAAAAAAAAAAGCAGCAGGAAAUGCAGGAAACCGUUUAAAAAAAAAACAAAACAACCCGACAAACCCCCGGCGAUUAACGGAGGGGAAGGCAGCGGGGCUGGCGGCGGCCCCGGGGAGGCCGCGGGCCGGAGGUGAAGAGGCAGUCCUGGGGUGUCAGAACAGCUUUUCUGCUUAACUGGGUUCCCUUGGGAAGAAAAUAAAAUUCUAAAGCCCCUGCCAGUAAGAGGCUGGAUUCAGUGCCUUUCCCAAAGCCUUGCACAUGCUGGCAUGGCCUGACCCGCUGCUGCGUCCCGGGAUGGCCAGGAGGUGACAGCUGAGGAUGACCCUGACUGAAAAGCUGCGCGAGAGGAUAUCGGGGGCGUUCUACAACCAUGGGCUGCUCUGUGCCUCCUACCCCAUCCCCAUCAUCCUCUUCACUGCCCUCUGCAUCCUGGCCUGCUGUUACCCACUGCUGAAGCUGCCCUUGCCUGGAACAGGACCUGUGGAGUUCAGCACCCCUGUGAAGGAUUACUCCCCACCCUCUCCAGACCUGGGUCUGCAGCAAGGGGAUCUUGGCGAGCGUCCCGACUGGUACCUUGGUGCUCCCGUGGCCUACGUCCAGCAGGUCCUGGUGAAAGCCACCGUCUCCCCAUGGCAGAAGAACUUCCUCCCCGUCGACGUGUUCCGGUCGCCCCUCUCCCGCGUCUUCCAGCUGGUGGAGGAGAUUAGAAACCAUGCCCUGAGGGACAGUUCUGGUGUCAAAAGCCUGGAAGAAGUUUGCCUUCAGGUGACAGAUCUUCUGCCUGGCCUCAAGAAGCUGCGGAACCUGCUCCCUGAGCACGGCUGCCUCUUGCUGUCACCAGGGAACUUCUGGCAGAACGACCGGGAGAGAUUCAAUGCUGACCCAGAUAUCAUCAAAACCAUCCACCAGCAUGAACCAAAGACCUUACAAACAUCAGCCACCCUCAAAGACCUGCUGUUUGGGCUCCCUGGGAAGUACAGUGGGGUGAACCUCUACAACAGGAAGCGAGUGGUGUCCUACACUAUCACACUGGGCCUCCAGAGAUAUGAUUCCAGGUUCCUCAGCAGCCUCCGCGCUCGCCUCAAGCUGCUGCAUCCCAGCCCCAACUGCACCCUGCGGGAGGAGAACAUCGUCCACGUCCACUUCAAGGAGGAGAUUGGCAUUGCUGAGCUCAUUCCCCUGGUCACCACCUACAUCAUACUCUUUGCUUACAUCUACUUCUCCACACGGAAGAUUGACAUGGUGAAGUCCAAGUGGGGCCUGGCGCUGGCGGCGGUGGUGACGGUGCUCAGCUCCCUGCUGAUGUCUGUUGGGCUGUGCACCCUCUUUGGUCUGACUCCUACUCUUAAUGGAGGAGAGAUAUUUCCAUACUUGGUUGUGGUGAUUGGCCUGGAGAACGUGCUGGUGCUCACCAAGUCUGUCGUCUCCACACCCGUUGACCUGGAAGUGAAGCUCCGCAUCGCCCAAGGCUUGAGCAAUGAGAGCUGGUCAAUCAUGAAGAACAUGGCCACAGAGCUUGGGAUCAUCCUGAUUGGGUACUUCACCCUGGUCCCAGCCAUCCAGGAGUUCUGCCUCUUUGCUGUGGUCGGCCUGGUCUCAGACUUCUUCCUGCAGAUGUUUUUCUUCACCACCGUGUUGUCCAUCGACAUCCGCCGUAUGGAGCUCGCUGACCUGAACAGACGUUUGCCAGCAGAAGCCUGCCUGCCCCCGGCCAAGCCCGCCGGCCGCGCGCCGCGCCAUGUGCCCCCGGCCCUGCGUCCCACCACCCCCCACACCAUCACCCUCCAGCCCUGCUCCUUCAGGAACCUGCGCCUCCCCAAGCGCCUCCGCCUCAUCUACUUCUUCGCCAGGACCCGCCUGGCCCAGAGACUCAUCAUGGCCGGGACGGUGAUCUGGAUUGGAAUCCUGGUUUACACGGAUCCCGCUGGUCUCCGCACCUACCUCACCUCCCAGGUCACUGAGCAGAGUCCUCUGGGUGAAGCAGGUCUGCCUCCCAUGCCUGUUCCUGGAGGGGUCCUGCCCGCAGGGGACCCCAAGAUUGACCUCUCAGUCUUCCCAUCGGACCCUGUACAGCUGUCGGAAAACCAGACGCAGCAGCGGGAGCAGAAGUCAGGGCUGGAGCCCCUGGACAGGCUGGAGACAAACCAGCCCUGGGCCCAGGGACCUGAGGGCAAAGGGAACGGGCAGCUGGAGCUGGGAGCAGAAGCAGAGGUUACCUGGGGAGCAGAGGAUGAGGAGAUCUGGAGGAAGCUUUCCUUCAGACACUGGCCGUCCCUCUUCAGCUACUACAACAUCACUCUGGCCAAAAGGUACAUCAGCAUCCUCCCAGCCAUCCCUGUCACCCUCUACCUGAACCCACAAGAGGCCUUAGAAGCACGACACCCCCAGGAGACCAACCGCUACCACCCCUUCCUGGCUUCCAGCGGGGCCAAGCUGGAUGCUGAAGCUCAGCCUGGCCCAGCCUCAUCCAAGCUGCAAGGCCACCAGGAUGUCACCCUUUACAAGGUGGCUGCUCUGGGUCUGGCCUCGGGCAUUAUCCUGGUCCUCCUGCUCUUCUGCCUCUACAGGGUGUUCUGCCCCAAGAACUAUGGGCAGAACGGGCACAGCAGGAGGAAGAGGGGGGACCUGCCCUGUGAUGACUAUGGCUACUCCCCCCCCGAGACCGAGAUCGUCCCCUUGGUCCUCAGGGGUCACCUCAUGGACAUCGAGUGCCUGGCCAGUGAUGGGAUGCUGCUGGUCAGCUGCUGCCUGGUGGGACAGAUCCGCGUCUGGGAUGCUCAGACCGGCGACUGCCUCACGGUCAUCCCCAAACCCAGGUUGCGCAGAGACAGCAGCGGCGUUUUUGACUACCAGGAGAGCUGGGAUCGUAGCCCAGAUGGCAAGAACGGUCUGGAUGAGUCCUUGGAGAACAGUCACCAGCUCAAAAGGAUGCUCAGCCCUCCUCCCCAGCCGCUGCUGUUCUGCGACCAGCCAGACCUCACCUCCCUCAUCGACACCAACUUCUCGGAGCAGGUGAAGGUGGCGGCGUCGGAGCCGCGGCUGCGCGCGGUGGGAGGGCGCCAGAAGGAGACCGGGUACGACUUCAGCAGCCUGGUGGGCAAAGUGUAUGAAGAACACGGCACCUCCAGCUCCAGGAGCUUCAGCCGCCUCUCGGCCCCGCACGGACAGGCUGGAUUCAGCGCCGGGAGCGGCGGCCCCGGGUUCCGGGUCUGCGGCAGCGAGGAGGGAGGCUGCGGGCGCAGGAGGAGCCUGGGGGAGGAGGCUCCCGCGGGGUUUGACAAACCAGCAUCGCUUCCUUCCUGGGGAGGAGACUUGGAGAGCUCCGUCUGGAGCCUGGACCUGCGGGGGAACCUGAUUGUGGCUGGUCGGAGUAACGGGAAGCUGGAGGUCUGGGAUGCCAUCGAGGGGACCCUGCGCAGCAGCAACGAGGAGGGUCUGUCUGGCAUCACCGCCCUCGUCUUCAUCAACAACAGGAUUGUGGCUGCCAGGCUGAAUGGCUCCUUGGAUUUCUUUUCUCUGGAGACACACAUGUCCCUGAACCACCUGCAGUUCCGAGGAGCCGCCAGCAGGGGCAGUGUCCCCUCGUCCCCCGUACCGAGCGGCGGCGGCACCAUCCCCUGCGAGCUCACCCACACAGUCCUCUGUGCCCACCACAAGCCCAUCACGGCGCUGAAGGCGGCGGCCGGACGCCUGGUCACGGGCAGCCAGGACCACACGCUGAGGGUGUUCCGGCUGGAAGACGCGCGCUGCCUGUUCACCCUGCAGGGGCACUCGGGAGCCAUCACAGCUGUGUACAUGGACCAGACCAUGGUGCUGGCGAGCGGGGGGCAGGACGGGGCCAUCUGCCUGUGGGACGUGCUGACGGGCAGCAAGGUCAGCCACAUGUACGCGCACCGCGGGGACGUCACCUCCCUCACCUGCACCUCCUCCUGCGUCAUCAGCAGCGGCCUGGACGACCUGAUCAGCAUCUGGGACCGCAGCUCGGGGAUCAAGCUCUAUUCCAUCCAGCAGGAGAUGGGCUGUGGGGCCAGCCUGGGGGUGAUCUCUGACAACCUGCUGGUGACGGGGGGCCAGGGCUGUGUCUCCUUCUGGGACAUCGGCUACGGGGACCUGCUCCAGACCGUCUACCUGGGGAAGAGCAACGAGGCGCAGCCCGCGCGGCAGAUCCUGGUGCUGGAAAACGCCGCCAUCGUCUGCAACUUCGGCAGCGAGCUCAGCCUGGUCUACGUGCCCUCGGUGCUGGAGAAGCUGGACUGAGGGGCUGGGGGAGCUGGGAGGGGCAGCAGCAGAGGGGUGGGCUCGGGGGGAGGGGACACCAGCUCCAGCGCUCUUGUCCCCACCUCAGGAACUGGACUCUUGUCACCCCCUGCUCUGCAGGGCCCGACCCCGCUCCAGCCCCCCCUGGCUGGGGACAGGAGGGGACAGCGUGAGGCCCUGGGGGUCCCAAGAGCAGCCCUGGGGGGGGGGGGGCUCCUGGGAGCUGAGCCCACGCUGGGUGGGGGGGGAGCAGAACUGAAGGGUGGGUACAGAGCCGGGGGGUGAGCGAGCUGAGCUGGGCCUGGCCCCAUGGCAGCAGCCCCCAGCCCCAUGGCAGCAGCCCCCCCCGCCCACCCUCCCCCCAGCCCCCUCCCCAGGGCCCGGGGCACAAACCAGCCAGCCCCGGGGAACCCCCCGGGAGGAGGCAGCAGGUCCCAGCCAGCAGGGAGUUGGGGGGGUUAGGACGGGGCUGACCCCCGCCCGGGCACUUGGCGCAGCCCCCGUGUGCCUUAGCUCUGCCCGGCAGCCCCUGCCCUAUUUAUUUAUCCCCUGUAAAUAUUUAUUUAUUCCGGCAGGAGAGCGCGGGAGCAGCAGCCCCACCCCACAUCCCACCCCACCCCCUGCCCCACAUCCCACCCCGCACCUCCCCUCCGGCCCCUCUCCAGCCCCACCGGGGGCAGAGCUCAGCCCCCCACCCACCCAAUUCGCAGCAAUAGCACCUUCCUCCUCUUCCUCAUCCCGACGAAGGGCAGGGUCGGGGGGUCCUCAGGUUGAGAGCAGCCCCUUUUCCACGCCCCCUCCCCAGCUUCCCGCAGGAAUUGGGGAGAACAUCUCCCACCCCCCCCUUUCCCUGGGCUGCUGGGGGGGGGGUUUGGUGUGACCGAAGCCUCGGCUGAACCCUCCCCCCCCCCAAACUGAAAAUGUCUGUUAAUUAACUCCUGGUGAUUGUAGAGCCCCGCCCCCCUCCCCUCCCUGGGGACACCCCCCACCACCCCCUCUCCUCGGGUGGUCUCAGCCCCCCCGGGCGCUCCUGCUGUAACAGCCGGGGGGGGGGGGGGGGGGAAAUGCUUUUUUUUUUGUACCAGAUCGUGUUUUAUAACGUGUUACGAGGACAGCGCCAUUAAACGGAACUAAUCCCA